GACAAUAUGAAGUCGUCAGCUCUGUACAACGUUCUCGUCCUAACGGUAGCAUAUUCGUUUAUCGUUCAGGGACAACAGCAGGCGUGCACAUGUGGAGACUUAGGAUCAGGUACAAACCCUUGCACCUGCAGCCAAACUGUCGUGAAAGCUGCAAAAUUACCAACACCGACCUAUUAUGUUUCACCUCAAGAAAUUAAUGAUGCUGCUGCUGCUGCUGCUGCUGCUGCACGGAACAGUAUAGUCGUAUCGACUGGUACAUCUCAAAAUGAUUACACCAAUACGCAAAGCGGCUGUGGAUGUAACUCUGUUACAUAUAAUAAUGUGCAGCCCAAUGCUUACAUCAGCAGUAACACCGACACCAUUACACAGAAUAGUGGUAGCUCUAGUGCAUGCAGCAACAGUGAUUCCAAUACAUACAGCGGUGGCAGUUCAGUUGGAUAUAAUAAUGGUGGCAUAAUUACAUACAGCAACACUGACUCUAAUACACCGAGUAACAGUAAUGCCGAUACAUACAGCAACAGUGGGACUAUUACAUAUAGUAGCAGCAGUCAACCAAGUUCCUCCGUACCAUCUGUUGCUUAUGCCGAUGUUACAUCCCCUUUGGAUACUUCUAGUCAGAGUGAUUCUGGCUGUGGCUGUAACAAGCAAACGUUGGAGUCUUUAGAAAUUGACGAUUCAACGAAUUCCGAGGGCAAUAUUGUACCCAGUUUUUCACCAAUCGGCGACUUAUGUUACCCACUUCCAUUCGAUUCUCGCAGUGGAAAGCUAAUUGAAAAAACUAGAGUAACACCAGCUUAUCCAGGGAAAAUUGUAUGUAACAGAUGUAAUACUCCCGAACCGUAUGAAGUUUGCGUAAAUAUGCAUACUGGAGAAACCACCAGUAGAGCAAUUAUAUCCAGUUCUACGGAUGCAACGGACGGUUCUAGUCCUAUUGUGUACGGAAGUCAAAAUUCUGGUCCCUCCAGCGGGUCAGAUUCCGAAACGUUUAUCGCAACAGCUUGUGGAAGAAAUAAUGCUGCUACUGACUCAGCUUCUGGGCUGUUCAGCAACUCUGGAUUAGGAUCAUUAGGAAAUUUAAAUUCUGGAACAGUCAGCGGGACCCGAGCUGGACUAUUCGGAAAUUUUAAUUCUGGAAGAUUUGGCGGAGCCAGAUUAGGAUCAUUUAGCGGAGCAGUUAGCGGAGCAGUUCCUGGGCCAUUUAGCGGAGCCAGAUCCGGGCUAUUUGGAAAUUUGAAUUCUGUAACAUUUGGUGAAUCCCAAACGGGAACGUAUGGAAAGUUAAACUCUGGAUCUCUUACUCGCUCAGAUUCUAGAUUAUAUGGUGUACCUCCUCUGGUAUAUACUAACUCAAACACUGCGAGUGGGCAAAAACAGUACGCGGGAAUAACUAUAAGUAGCGAUUCUUCAAAUUGUUUCGACGAUGAUACAGAUGAGAGUCAAGUGGACUACUCGUAUCCAGAAAUGCCGGCAGACGCAGUGUCCCUUACUCUUGCGUACAAAAACCUUCGAGCUCCAAAUGUAAUUUACAGACAAGGAAAACAGUUUGUACCGGAAGACAAAUUAUCCUUUGGUCACCGCACAGUUCCAAACGACGCGAAGAUUGAGAAGAAAAUAAUAGAUAUUCCAGAAGAAAGACUCGUUACAGUCGAGAAACCUGUCGUAGAACUAAAAUUAGCACCGCCAAGAACUGUUGUUAUUGGUUCUUAUGAUGAACGAGAAGAAGCAAAACUCGCGGAACUUGAAGCGAUCGAACGCGAGAGUAUAACGCAAGAAGAAACCCCGGAUCAAAUUGCCGAAGGUUUAAUGACUUACAAAGAUCUAGGUUAUGCACCAGUAGGUGUAACCUACACGAACUCAAGAGGCUAUAACGAAAUGAUCGAUGGAGAAAUUAAUGAUAGCAUGGAAGAACCGUGUGGUCCAUUAGGUCCACCGAUACCAGACUAUAUUCCAGGUACAGUGAUGAUUCAACAAGAUGUACCAAGAGAUGCCUUUGAAAAUUCUGGUACCGGAGAAAUCCGUGAAAAUAUAGAGUUUCAGCGAACAAAUCCCUCUAGAGUGGGACCAUGUGCGAUCUGAUUCAACAGUUAAUAUCGAUGGUAUUGGAAGUAUCUGGUUGUAAUUUAUAUUAAUAACCACUGCCUUCUGUAUACCUAUUUUGAGCAAUGUACAUGACAAAUAAAC